AUGAAGGUACAUGGGAUAGCUGAAGAAAUGGCGAUGGAUAGCCGUCAGGGAGACGCGAAGAGAGCGAAAACGAGAGUAGCAUGGGAUAAUGCCGAAGAGAAAAAAGGUGAAUUUUUAAUUUCUUACGUUCGGGUUGACAUUUUUUUUUUAGUCAAUAUUUGUUUAAUUAGUUUUGGUUUUUGGUAGGCGAGAAAUGGGAGAUCUUUUCGUCAACAAUCGCCGCGGAAUUAGUUUAUUCGUUAUUGUUGUUAUUUUUUAAAUUCAUAUCGUGUCCCACAAUAUGGUAGGUAAUAAAAACCGGGGGAUUUGAUUUUUUUUUUUUUUUUUACAGAUAUUAAUCAGACUGUUUAUGCGCCGCUGAAACCUAUACGUUUCAUACAUAGGAAUGAAACGCCAUAAACUUAUGCGCGUAAUAUUUUACCGCGAAAAUGUUUAUUAAUUUAAUAUAAUAUCAGUAGUACAGUGAUAAUUCGAAUUGGUAUCUAAACGACGUGUACGUUUUAUUCGUAAACGAUCGGAACAAUAUGCGAGUAAAAUGCUCGAGUCUGUGCGAAAAAAGAAAUCGUUCUGAAAACUUAUGAUGCCAUGUUGCCGUGACCAACUUUGAAAAGUUUUACGUUCACUGCAGGGCGGCGCGUAGGAACGAUUAUCGAACCGAUGUUUAAUAUACACCCGGUAUAAUAAUAAUGGUUAAUACCUAUACACGCGUACGGUUGCAAAAGUAAUAUUGCAUUAUUACUUGUACUAUUAUUAUUAAUAUUAUUACGUUACGAUCGAUUCACGGACUAACGCGAGAUUAAAAAUACCGUGUAUACGCGCAAUAGACGUUAUUUAGUAUUUGUUUUAUUCUCGUCGACUAACACUCGGGAAUAAAAAUCGUUAGGCCCAAUGGUUAUUAGUCGACUAAUCACGUUUACGUUAAACUGGUUUCGUUUUUUCACAAUCAAUUUCGAUUCAGGGCCGCCGAAAAUCGAAAAAUCGAGACCAUUGCGGCGACGUCCAAAACAACCGGAUCCGGCGAAUCCGUUACAACUCAAAUUCCGUUUGUUAUAAUGAUCAGACGGGAUAACACGAACGUGGGCGUUUUUUUUUUCUACUGCUGUCGAGUAAAUCGAGUACGCCAAACUUUUCGGCCGGUCCGAUGAAUUUUAGAUUUUUUAAUGAUUGUAUUGGUAAACCGGCAAAGUAUGUUUAAGGGUACGCCACGGCCGUAUUAAUUAUUGCGAACUCUACCGGAAAUAUUGAAAUACGACAAGAGACCUUUAUCUUUUGUUACAUUUUGGAUCUAUAUGCUCACAAAUAAAGUCACUUUUUGAUAUUCCAAGUAGUUUUCAUAAUAAUUGGGAAAACUGGAAAAACACGAAAAAUGAAAGACGAACAAAUUUACGGCGCGGCGUACGAUUUCAUAUUGUUUUAAAUUUCUACGACUUAUGUUUUUCAUCGAAAAUAUUGCUCCAAAAGAAAAAAAACAAUUGACCUUUUUGCGUAGCAUUUUUAAUCUUGUGAUGUAGCGAGUAAAAAAGUUAUAUUUCGUUUUCUUUUUUAUUUUUUCUAGUGAUUGAGCAAAACAGAAAAAAAAAAUCGUCUUUUUACGUUAUUUUACCUAACCGGUAAAUUUACUACUUUUAAUAUUUUCAAUUUUGUUUUUGUUGUAAUUUAGUUUAAAAUAUUUUUAGACUUAAAAUUUUUAUAGGAAAUUCAUAAAUGCUUUUCCUAGACAGAGUAAAAUUUUCAAAGCAUUUAAGGCCAUUUUUGAACUAUUUAUAGACAUUUUGUGAGAUUUUACGUAAUUUUUAUUUGAUAGGUACUCGUGGACAAAAUCGUUAGAUACACUGAACAGAAACGCUUCACAAUUUGAUAGGAGGUUCAUUAAUAAGUCAUACUUACUAGCGGUCCGAAUAAAACAAAUUGAGCUUUAUGUAGUAUUUUUUUUUUAUAAAAGAAUUUGAAUAUCAAAUUUCGACGAAAAUCGUAAAAGGCCGUAAUCCUUUCAAAACAUGUAUAAUCGAACUUCGCUCCGAAUCAUUUUUCAUUAUCAAUGGUUUAUCGUUGGGUACAUGUAAAAAUUAAAUAACUUUAUAGGAUACAAAAAGUUAUUCUAUAAAGUAUCCUAUGUUCCCAACUUCCUACCUAUAACGGUGGCGUACUCGUCUCUUGUAUCUGUUCUUUUAUUAUAAAUUUAUUUCUUUACCUAUACUCGUAGAUUCGAUACAAAGUUUAGACAAUUUCAACGAAAUCCGUGAAAAUCGGCGAAAGUUUGUAAAUUAAUAUUUUAAUUUGAAAUAAUUAUAUUAUUAUUAUUAUGAAAUAUUAUGCGGUAAAUACGAUGCCAGUAUUUUAUACUUGAACCGUACGAUAGUAAAUUUAUCAUUAUUAUUCACGUAUCCGUAAUUUGAACCCGAGUUAUUUUUUUUAAUGCAGACGAUUUUUAAUUCGUGUCAACCGUGUUACCUUUAUGCAUCGACACCUCGUAAUCUCGCAGAACACACAAUAUAUUUUAUUUGUAGAAAGGUGUUCGUACACACGAUGGCGAAGAGAGGAAAUAUUUAUAAACAUGUUUAAUACUUUUCGUUUUUCGAAAUUUAAAUAAUAUUUUAAUGCUGUUGUUUCCGAAGCCCGCGACGUCGACGCUCGUUCGCUGGGUAGGUAUUUAUCCGUUUUAGACAGUUUAUCGGAAUCGUUUUAUUCCUUCAAUUUAUUUAAUCUCGUGAAUAUUGGACGCUUACCAUACACCUACACGCCUAUACCCACGCAUUGUAAACCGUGUUUGCUUUGUUUUCAAUACAUUUAUCAACCAUCGACCGGACACUAAUAAUGUUUCGUGUACACGCGAAAUGAUGGGAAAUGUAGAUUCAUUUUUCUACACGGAUAAAAAUACACCUUAAUAAUGUAGCAUAAAAGUCGCGACGAGCGACGACGGCGACACGUCUCCCGCGGAAUUUUACGGAGUCAGAGCCCGGAUCGCGGGCUAGUGGUUGUGAGUUUUUUUGCAGGUUUACGAUACACGCGCAUUAAUGACUGUUGAUUAAUGUCGAUUUAUUAAAUCCGUUUUCGAAAAUUAAAUAAAAAUCAAAGGCAAUCGAAAGAAAUAGAAUAAUAAACAAGUAACGAUAAAUUACCGUAUUGCAUGCUAUAAAUAAAUAAGAACAACAACUCGUCGACUACACUGUCAUCGUCAUAUUGAUACAAUUAAUAGAAUAAUAUCGCCACAACCUGAAAGUUCUCGACAAAGUACUCAUCAUUUUAGGGUUAUUUUAGUGGAUGUAUAGUUUAAUCCAUGUGUUGUGCGGGUAUCUAUGGUAAUACGAAUGAAAAAAACUUAUGAUACGCUAGAACACUUUUAGUCCACGCACUACCCAAUUUUCACCUAUUUUUUUAGUGGAAUAUACAGAUACGGACAAAGUAAUACGGAAAUAAAGGUAAAAAGAAGGCAACACCGGGCAUGGGUCAACUACUAUAAUAAUAUAUAUGUAUAAAAAGACAGACAUACUUCGCAUGUGGGUGAGCCACUGUUGUAGAUGAGAAGUUGAAAGGUAGGGGGAAAUUGACUGUAUAUCUGUAUGCAACGAUUAACCGUUGCUACCGAAAAAUGAUUCUGAGCGAAGUAAUAGCGUUGAUUUGUUAACACCCGAACAUAAACCGAAUAUGUCAUAUUAUGGUAAAAUAAUUACAUAUGCAUUAUAUAUUUUCUUCAAUAAUAUUUGUUUAAUAUUGUACCUAUUGUCAGAAAAGAAAAAAAUAAACAUUAAUGUAAAAUCAAUACAUUCCUCGCUCCUCUAAGAAUCUAAGAUGAAAUGAGAAAUGUUGUAAUGGAAAACCUAAACGGCGGCGACGGCUGCGUGAAAGCAAUCCGAGACUUUUAUUAGUAGGCUCUUAUUUUUUUUCGUUUUGUUAUAGAUUUAUGUAGGAAACUGCGAGGCGUAAUAAUUUUCCGGCGUAACAAGGUCUCGUUACAUUUUAUACGCUCGUAUAUUAUAAAGUCAUAAAUUACAACAAAUAGAUAGGUAGGUAGGUAGGUAGGUAUACGUGUAUAGAUAGGUACGUCGUGUUAAAAAACUCACACACGUACACACACGCAUACGAUAUUUCAAAUUUGACGUAUACCUGCUCGUUGUAUUAUAAUAAUAAUAAUAAUAAUAAUAAUAAUAAUAUUAUUAUUGUAUGCGUACCUUGUUAUUACAUUGUAGUAACCCUAUUAUUGUACCGACCGAAAAUUCAAUAUUUACCUACCCGUAGGUAUACCAUCGAGUUUAAUGGAUUAAAAAAAAAAAACACCCAAUGUCCGCAGUUAUUCAUCGCGUAUCGAAAUCCAAUACCACCAGAUUACGACGUUACGCACAUUGUAUCUUGCACGACGAUCGAUUAUCAGCAGAUCACAACAAUGCAUAGGUUUCAGUGUUAUCGUAUAUAAAUAUGCAUAACACACUAUUACUCGUCGGUACACCAGGUAAGACGUGUCAAUAAUAAUCAACUGCGAUGAUUGUUGUUAUCGGAAGUAUCGUUUCUACCAUAGAUACCGGACAGUCUUUAUGAUAUUAUCGUUAUUAUUACGAGACCUUCGAAUGCGGUGCAAACUGGUUGUCCCCUUCUCGACGUUCGCCGCGCCGAUCGCGCCGACCGGUGACCACGGACUCCCGGCAGAGACUCGCGCACUGUUAAUCUGUUCGUACCGUUUGAGUCAGCACCACAUUACGCUAACGGGUAAGUUUGACGUUUUCGAUUUUCUAAUUACUAUCAAUAUAAAACAUGUACGUUUGUAUAUUUUUAACAUCUAAAGUAUAAGUAUAUAAAAUAUGAUAAAUUGGGAAUAGUGACAUCAAUUUUUUUUUGUACAUUUCUCGUUCACCGUCAUAAAUAAACGAGAAAACGUUGAAAACGGUAGGACCUAUUUUGCAUAGUUUUUAUCGAAAUAAAUGUUUCGCAUAACGAACGCGUAGCGUAUAGUAAUAUGUACUUGAAGUAAUAAAAAAAAUCAAAAACCGCAACGAUACAUUUCGAAAUAUUAUGACGGGUUUUUUUACGUGAAAAAUUCGAAAAUAAUCGCACACCUGUACUUGUGUUCAGUGAUGUUCGAUUGGGUAUUCUAUUAAUAAUUUAUCUGUAGCUGUUAUCAACAAUGAUUUUCUGAUUUUUAGCGAAUUUAAUUUCUGUUUUUUUUUUUUUUUUUUUUUCAAUCACUAUAUGAAAUGAGCUAAGAUUAUUAUUUUUGAACAUUACUUUAAACUGUCUACCCCGAUUCCUUCGCGAUAAAUGAACCAAUCUGAUAUAUUAACAAUACGCAUUAUUCUAUACACACGAUCGAAUUGAGUAUUAAUUACAAUGCUGUAAAAGUACGAAUUUCAUGAAAAUAUUCGGUUUAGCGAAUGUAACAUUUUUACGCGCCACACACGUGUAGGCAUUAUUUCGACAACACAAUGUUUAUGAGGUAAAAAAAACGUUAUGUAGGUUAGGUUUGCUUCGAUGAAAUGUUCAAUCGUUUUAUUUGUGGCGAUUUCCGGGGGCUUUAGUGCCCUGGCCUCUCUAAUUGCGACAGUGUCUCGUGUUCUGUGAUUUUUAUCUAUCGAUUCGUCGCUGUGGUUAGACGCCCAUUUACUGAUCGUUUAAUUUAUUUUGAUUUUAUUGAAUACAAAGUAAUUCGCCGGUCAAAAGAACAAUAAUUUCAAAAUAAAAACAAAAUAGAGAUUAUAUACUAUAUUAUACGGAGAUCGGGAAUAUGUACUUAUUACUCUCGUACAGCGGGCUAUUCUACACGUCACGUUUGUUGGAUGAUUUAAAAUAUGGGUCAUUAUAAAACGAGCAGGGAAUAUUGGUAGGCAAUUAUUAUCAAACGAAUAAUAGGUGUGUAAUGUGUGUGUUUUAAAAAAAAAAAAAAAAAAACAUUAAAAUUAGACAUGUUAUAGGCACGUUAAACGUUAUAGCAAACGAAAAAUAUAAAAUAAUAAUUAUGUAACUAAAUAAAUUACUCUUUGGCCUGUUAUCAAUGUUGGGGCACUUAUCGAUGCACUAAAUAUAGUCGUGUACCCCCCACGUAGUGUUUUCUUGUGAAAUUGCAGGUGAAACGCAAUUCUCGGUGCAUAUAAAUAGAAAACAUAAACAGCAAAGUUUAAAUAAACGCGAUAAUUAUUAUCGCGUUACUGUUUUAUAAUAAUUAUAAACCAGUUUCAAAUGUUCUGAUUUAUAACCAAUAAUAAUGUCCUGAAAUUAAUCAUCGUAUAUGGGUUAUGCAGAUGGCAGAUUGCGUAUGCAUCAAGUAUAGGCGUGGAUGCAGAAUAAUAAUUAUUGGAAAAUACUCGUUAUCUUUACGAAUGUGACUUUAAAUCGACAUUUUAUGAUUUUCUCAAAUUUCAAAUUAGGCACCUAUCUUAAGUCCGUUCUCACCAAGUUAAAGGUUGAUUUUUAAACGGAGUUUAUAAGAUUAUCGACUAAUCGUGGUCGGUUAUCGGCCAUAAACUCAGUUUAAGAAUAGGAUAAACGCCUUUUUUUUUUUUACGUUGGUAAGAACGGCCCUAAAUAUUGUUUGGCGGUGGAACCACAACUUGUACUUUUUGUCGUAGCUAUAUAUUAAAAAUCUAGUAAAUUGAAAAAAACAGAAAUGUUCUUGUUGGCAUUUUUCUAUUCCAUAUUUAAAGAAUGAGACGUUCCAGCUGAGCAGUGAUAGUAUCGUUAACCGUGCGGAUAGUGCUCUGCGUGAGAACUUGGCGUUAAAAAAAAAUCACACUGUAUCGGUACCUCCAAAACAUACUGUAUAGUUGAGAAUUCGAAUAAUUUAAGAAGGGACCCGGGAAUAUUUGUCAUUUUAUCUGAUAUAUUUGUAGGUAUACCAGAUACCAACUUGUAUAGUACUACAAUGUGCUAUAUAUCUUUGGUACGUAUUUAGUGAGACGGAUAUCAAAAAAUGUUGCCUAUGCGUUGUGUAGUUCACCGAUUUCGUUGUCAACGGUCUUUACUCUUUAUCGUAUAAUUAUAAUAAUAUACAGAGUGCGGCAAAAGGCGGUAUCGAUUUCGUUCGAAAUAUCCGACUGUGAAUCGAUUUUUUUUUUAAAAAAAACCUAAUUGUUUUAAAUUAAUUAUUUUUAAAAAUUAUAAUUACGAGAACGUUGUUUAAUUUUGUCCGUCUAACGUAUACGCAUAAUACAUGUACUCAAUUUACUUUAACCCGAAUAAUAGAGCUUUUUCAUUUUUUUUUGAUUUUCUUUUCAUUUAUAGACACGCGGAGUUGAUCAACUAUACAAUUUAACGAUAGUAAUCUUAUUAAAUGCAACUAGCGUUCUAUAAUUGGUUUUUUGUAUUCAAAAACGAGUUAUACAAGUUUUAAAUAUUGAAAAUCUCUUUUUAAAUUAUAAAGUCUCUAAAUAUUUGUUUUCGUAUACCUACCAAAAUAUAUACUAUAAUAUUAUGAAUAAAUCAUUUUGGUUUCGAAAUGCAGAUCUUUUGACGGACUAUUACCGGACGUUCUAUAGCGCACCUACCUAUAUGUAUAUAUUUACAUAUUUAAUAUUUGUUUUUUGGAGGACAUCACCGAUAAUAUAAUGUAAUAAUACAGGAACAUAGCCAAAAAGGGUGUUUUAGGCGUUAAAUAUCCCUCUCCUCCCCCCUCGGUCGGAUUCAAGCCAAAAUAUACUCUAUAGUAUGGUGUAUUUUCAAGCAGGUUCACCCCAUUUUUAUGGUCAAAUUAUACAUGUAGGUAUUUAAAUUCUGUUUUUUGGAAAUUUUAAGUGUAGUUAAAGACGAUAUUUUCGAAUACUUAGAUUUAUCACAAUAUUUGGCGAUACCGAAUUAGGUUUUUCAAAUGAGAAAUCUCAACCAAAGUUGAGAUCAUUAUGGGAUAAUCCUCAGAUGGUGUGGACAAUUAUUCAAAAAUAUCGUUUUUAACAAUUUAAUAUGAAUUAUCAAGUUAAUAUAGUUAAUUAGUACUUAAAUAUAGUAAAUAAAAUAAUAAUAAUUUCUUGCCUGAGCAACAGUGAGUAUCUUAAAAUUUGAUAAAAUAUAUUAUUGUGAAUAUUAAUAAAGCAAGUAAUUUCGAGUAUUUAUUCAUCUGGGGAAUAUUCUGUGAGCUUAGAGGUUACACUGUAAAUCAUAAAACGAUCACAUCAUUUGUACCAAAAUUUUUCAUUUUCUAAAAUGUUUUUUGAUCGUCCUCUAAAACUAAAAAACUGAGAUACGCGCUGUUUAACUUUAAGCUAUGUACGUAAAGCUACACACCUAGUUAUUUGAUUCCAAUGAUAAUUUUAGAGCAGAUCGAAAGGUACGUUACCCUGGUACUAUACUAUGUCAUAAUUUUGACUUGGAACCAUCUGGUAUUGUGUUAUUUGUUUUAAAAUAAUUUUUAACAGCAAAAAAACAAUUUUGUAACUACCCUAAAACGCCAGAAAAUAGGUUUUUCUAGUGGUCGUGUCAGGGUUACGUUAACGCGGCAUUAACAAUUAUAAAUAAUGGACAUUCCGAUUUCGAAACCGGUUGGUAUUUUGUUCGGUAUUUAUUAUGUAAUAAUUUGUGAGCACGAAAAAAUUUGUAACCACCCUAGAACGGUAAAACAAAUAGGUUUUUCCAGUAGUAGCAUAUUUAUCAAUACGAUUUUACGACUCGUCGGAGGAUGGGUGAAAAAGUCAUACUCGAAUGUAAAAUUUAAACACCCCCAUUUAAAAAAUCCAGGCUGCGCGCCUGUAGAUCCAUUUAUCAAAUUUAAAAAAUAGAUAUAACUAUUACUCGUCAUGACAUUAAUGUUUAUGCGCCGUAUUAUUAUAUUAACGUUAAUGUUAUACAUUUCGUUGGUAUUUCUAUUAAUGCGAUACCUAUCUCAACAUCAAUAAACCGUGUAAUAAUCCGGACCUUGACCGAUCUUUAACAAGGUAUAGUGUUUUUUUUUUUUUUUUUUUUUUUUUUUUAUUUAUUUAUUGAACUCCUACUUAUUUGUAUUUACACUGUUUCAGUCACUGUGUUAUUAUAAUAUUUAAAAAAAAAAAUACCUUGAACGGUUACUUUAAGGUGAAAUAUUAAGUAUUAAUCAUUGCAAAUACAUUUAAUUACAAAUAUUUCUCGGAAUUAUUGUAUUUAUAUUUUUACACUGCGGCAGAUCGUAUAAAAACGAGCAUAAUGAAUUUAUUAUAUAAUUUUUUUUUUUUUUUUCGAAAAUGUUAAACAAAUUAUGGACGCGAAGAUAUUUUUAAAUUUUCAAAACACGUUAAAUUUCCUCGAGGACCACUAACGCUAAAAUUAUCGAUUCCGCAACGUUAACGAAUUAUAUUUCACUUACUUGACCAAUAACGUGUAUAAAUAAUAAAUCGCCCCGACCCGAUUCUCAAUCAAGUCGACAUUAUUUAUGAUUGCAAAACAUUUUCCAGUAUCGAAAUUCGACUGUCCUCCUAACUCCUCUACGGUUUCAUCCCGUUUUCGGGCGUCGAUUUUUCACAUUGGCGUUGAUUCCCACCCAAAACUACGUCCGCAAUAAUAUACACUGCAACAACGACCGUGUUGUACCUAUUCUCGCGCCAUCAUCUAUCAUUGCGACAUGCAACGUCAUGAUAAUAUAUUGUUACUUUUCCGCUGAAAAUAUUAUCGUUCUUAGACAUUCGACCGUUUUCAAUAAAUUUUCCUCGACGGUAAUGCGUGUAGGUGACAAAUUUCCGUGGCGUGCGACGCUUUUUCAAAUUUUGACAAUUAUUAUUAAUCAAGCGUUUCAAAAAAAAAAAAAAAUCUAAGAAUUACAUAGGUACAACGUGUGGUCGGGAAAAAUUGUAUUAUAACAUAUUGUAUGAUUCACUAGGAAUCACACGUAUUCUAUUUCGUUACGACAGGUUUGGGCGCUCGUUUUCCGAAUUCGCAACAAAUCAUCGCAAGCGAUUCCGAGCGGAGUUCGGUUAAAGAUGUUUUGAUAAAGUUAAAAUUGAAAUUUUAUUAAUUCGUAAGUGAAAACAUACAUCGUAAUUGUUCUAAACGAAUUUUAUCGUAUAUUUGAACUCAAAACGCCUAUAAAAAAAAUAACGACUUUAGACUAGCUUUUUUUUUUGUCAUCAUAAAGUAUAACUUAAUAUAUUUGUUCCUCAUCGUCCAACAGUCUCCUAUAAAUUCCAGGUGGAGCGCAAAUAUCUCGAUUUGUAUAGUUAUUUUUUUAAAUUUUUAAAUUUUCUACAACAACUAUCAGCAAAAUAUUAAUUGUUGUAGCGUCUAAAAUUAAAAGAAUAUAAAUAUGUUUUUAAUCUAUACGACUCUUUAUAAGUUCGGCUGUCUUUUCAGUCAAAUCUUAUCAUAUUAAGUAUGGGAAAAUACUAAUAUUUAAUCAUGUGCGAUUAUAUUUAUAUGGUUUAUUAUAUUAUAAUAUCUUAUCAUUGGUUGUAAAUAGUAUAGAUAAUUCACUGGCCGAUUUUUUGGUGAUGCGAAAUAAAAUUCCCGAUAGGUGGCCAUUUAAGAGAACCAAUUUGGGAUUUUAUUUCGGACGCCGUACAUUAAGAUAGGGUAUAGAAAACUAAUCAACAGACUCAUCCAACAAUUCGGACGUUAAUAGAAAAAAUUGCAUUGAGAAAUGUAAUAUUCAAGGGGAUGAAACUAAGAUUGCUCCGAGAGAAUAUUAGGGGAUCGACUAACCCUCACGUAGUAAAACAAAAUCGAUCAGCUAAGAAAACAAAACGAAUAAACGUGAUAGCCGGACGUGAAUGAUACGAACACGGACAACGUUACAUCGAAAAUAAUUUUUGAAUUUCUAUUUGGAAUGUACAUAAAUAAAACACCUCGCAAAAAUGCACAUAAUUCGCAUACGAUAAAAUAUGAAUAACAACGAUAGUAUACAGAAUAUUCAACGUAUAAAUGAAUGUAUGUACUAUAUUUUAUUGCUAGACGUGAUGUUAUUCGUCUUAGGAACCUUUCGAUUCGGCUAUAUUUUUGUCCGUGAACGUUUUUGAACCCGGCGUUGUACUAAUAACAAUAAUGCUAUAACAAUAUUAUUAUUAUUAUUACGAUAGUCUGUCAGUCAGUCUGACGGAUAUCCGCGGUCAAUCUUCAUUGUUGUAGCGUUAUUGUUUCAGCGGUACGCGCGCCGAAAUAUGAACUCGCAUUAUUAUCGCCGGUACAUCCGUGAUGUACAUAUUGUAGGCGAACGAAGUACAAAUUUCGCUGACUUCGAACUUUGUCGAAAACAUAUAAAAAAAAAAAAAAAAAGCCUUUUGCAAAAAUACGGAUAGAUAAAUAAACAUGUCCGGACUGGGUAUUGAACUCCGCGCCGGCGAUUGACAUAAUAUACAAAGGGCGUCGGGCCUAAUAAUCUUUUCACGUAAUAUCGAUUUUACGGAAACGGGGCCUCGAAUGAAAUAAAAUCGUACUUUCGGUCGAAAUAUAUUAUAUUAUGCAGGUAUAACAUUUUGCAUUAUAAUAGUAAGGCCUAUUGAUUUCGACGUAAACACGGUAUCCGUAAAAUAUAAAGGCUUCCUUUAAAUUUUACACAGUAGUAAAUAUCGCAUCUAUGUGCAGGUUCACAUUAUAUUAGGUCUGUUUGAAAUUUAGUUUUUAAUACUAUCGUACCUAUUGUAUUACAUAUGUGUUUUUACUCUAAUUUAGUUAAACGAGCGGCAGGGUUCCGUCACUAGUCCAAUUUUCUUACAGGUUAUAAUAUUUCACGGAAUUGGAAAAAAAAAAGUUUUAUCAAAAUAGGUAAAGUAAUUCUCGAGAUUUUCGCUAACAUAUUAUACAAAGAGACGGCAAGGUCGGGUAGUUAUAAUACAUUUUCUAUUUAUAUUAUCUAUACACACAUUUUAACCAUAUAACUUACUUUUAUGAGUCUGUAAGAGUAUGUAAACUCCCGUAUUCUCUAUGAAAAUAUGAAAUCUAAGCAUGAAAGUGGUUGGGGAGGGGGUUUAAAGUUGAAACAAUUAAAGCACGUUAUUGAUACUUACAUCAGGCAAAAUUUUUGGCUUCAUUUAGGAGCUUUAUAGGGGUAGCUUUAAAAACAGCGUUGUCUCCAAACAAUAUGGUAUAGUUCAUAUUAAAUAUCUAAAUUCAAUACAAAUUGUAUUUCUUCAUCUGAAUAUAAAAACCCCUAAUUCUCGAGUUAACUCUAUUGGUCCUGAGGGAGCGACUAAAAAUGUCUAAAAGUUUACGAAAAAAAAUACAUCCAACACAGCGCAAUAAUCUCUAUUUUCGGGGGAAAAAGUCGAGCUGUCGUGUGCAUUCACUAAAAGGCUUCAUACAGACAUGGCCGCAUAGGCUAUUGUCAGUCUCGAGUGAGUACAGGCCAGUCUAGAAUAUAGGCCGGCCUGACCCUGUAGAUGGGUAUAAUAAGGCUGAUAGGUAUAACAUAGAGCCUGUAUUCAAUGACCGCUUAUAUUGUUUGUUUGUUUUUUUUUUUUUUUUUUAUAGUAGAUUAUAAUAAUAUCGUAAUAAAUAUUUUAUUACAAUAUUAUUAUAAUGUAUAGGCGGCACGCGCGAACGGUUUGAACACCGGAAAACGUCGACACAAUGGGAAUUAUUAUGGUACACCGCGUAUUUGUUCCUACCUAUAGGCUAUAAUUUUAUUAGAAUCGGAGAUGUUAAAUAUAAUGGAUAUGGCAUUGAACACGAAUUUGUACGAGAACACAGUAAAUAAUAUUACUAUCACUAUAUCUUACACAACUAUCGCUUUUUUGUCGCACGGUUCCGUCGAGAAACAUUGGUUCUCUUUUCUUCCUGAUAGACGCCAAACCUGGGCAAGCUGACUAAUUUUAUUUUAACUAGUUUGAGUUAAGUCAACCUAAAAAAAACCGAGCCAAAUUACAGUUAAUUUUAAAAUUUAAAUAAACCGUGAGUCGUGAUUUUUUAGAAAAACGAUUAUCAAGUUGAAAUUUAAAAGUUUUUAUUUAAAAAUAACCUUUUACUAUACACUGUCUUAACAAAUCUCGCAUUCUCAUAAUAGACACUUGAAUUUUUUUUUUUUUCAUUGGGCAGGUACGAACUUAAUUAAAAUAAACAGAUUUUUCAUGAACAAUUUUCCGAAAAAUGUGUUUUAAUAUAACAACGGUGGCUUGGUCGGGUAUAAAUAUUGUUAUCAAAUUAACAUCCCUCAUAGAUAUAUUUUAUAUCCAUGGUCUUUUAAUAGUUUAGUAUAUAGAUAAUGUAUAUAUAUUUUAUAUUAUCUGUGGUUUAAUAUUAUUAUUAUAAAAUUAUGUGACUUAACGGCCAGAUUUGACUUGCAUAAAUGCAAAACACGUUUUAUAACAAUAAAUUGAUAACAGUGAUAAUUCUGUUUAUACCUCAGCAAAGCCACCGCUGUUAUCACAUUAAAUGAAUCCGAAAAUUGGUUUAAACAAUCGAAUAAUUUUAAAAUUAAAUAGUAAAUUAUUUUAAGUAUAUAGGAAAAAAAUAACUUUACAUUACUAUUAUUCGGGUUAUUGUUUAUCGAUUUGAAUUAGUUUCCAAGGGGAAAAAAAGUGAACACAAAUUUCCUAUUAUAGUAUAAUUUUUUUCGAAAUAACUUAAAUUUUAGCAAAGUAACCAAGCAUUUUAAAAUGGUUCCCGCGGUCCAACUUUGAUAGUAUUAUUAAACGUAUGCACGUCGUGUUCCGUAGAGAACCCGCAUCCGAAUACGGGAAAUAUCGUGUCAUUCAGUAAAAACGCUGUCCGGGAUAUUCGAUUCGGGGUAAAGGUCCAAUAGUAUGUUUAAUUACUACGAAUAUAAUAAAACGCAUAAAACAUAAUAAUAUAAUAUAUUUUAUUGUGUAUGUUGGGUACCCACCGUGUAUUAUGGUGCAGUGAGCGCGGAAAGCGGCCGAGACCUUGUACCCGCGCCGGCAUGACCAUAAUUAUUAUAAUUUAUAAUAACGACAUUACGUAUUAUGCGUUUACAAGAGAACAUAAUAUUCGGUUUUAUAAUAUUAUACAAAAUGUGUACAUUUUAAUAUUUUAUCUAUAUUACAUUAUGUAACCGAAUAAUCGAAAAUAACAAUAAUCGUAAUUCCGUAAAUCUUCCCAAUUUUUUUGCCGUUAUUAUGAAAAUUUCAAGGGAUAUAAAAAAAAAAAAGUCACAUUUAAUUCAGUUAAAUCUGAGAUAUAUUUCUAGGGGGAAAAAAAAUAGAGUAAAACAAUUAGUGUCUACCUCUGUGUACAUUUGAUUACCUAUUAUUUCAGCGAUUGAUUAUCGAAUAUUGUUUAUUUACAUUCAUAGUGUGAUUAUGAUUUUGUAGUAGGAAUAGUAUUAUAGAAUUCUAUAAUAUCGAUAGUUUUUUCAAUUAAAUACUUCACUAGCCAUUUUUCCGCAAUGGUUUUUAUGGCGUUUAAUUCCGGGACCUAAUAUUGUAACGGUUGUACUGACGUCUUACCAUGUGUGUUUUCAGGUGUAUAAAGAUGGCCAGACUAGCGUUUGCGAUAUUGGUUUUGGGAUGUUGUACGUGCGCCGUGUGGUCGAUAAACGACCGGCUACAGGAGGUGUUUAGCUGGUCGCAAUUGGACUUUGUGUUCCCGGACCAGGAAACCAGGGAGGCGGCCAUCGCCAGCGGCGAGUACAUACAGGCGAACAACAUGCCGCUCGGCCUGGAGGUGUGGCGGGACAAGUUGUUCCUGACGGUGCCCCGGUGGAAGGCCGGGGUGGUGUCCACGCUCAACUACGUGACUCUCGGAGCGGGUAAUUACAAUAAUAUAUUACUAUUCGAGAUGUCCCACUGACGACGAUAGCAACAGCAACAAUAGUGAUAAGGGAUGAGAAGUUGUACGAACAAAAUUCUACAAUGAUGUAUUCAAAUAAUAUUUCUUAAAAAGAAAAACCAACAUUAGUACGAAAUAUGAAAAUGUAAGGCCUUAUAGUCUUACCUAAUUUCCUCCCCCAUUCAAAAAAAAAAAAAAAAUUAAUACGAACAUAAUAGAAAACAUUACUACACGUUCAGUAAAAUGGUAAAAUUUCUGACGCCUAACCUAACCUUCCUGACGCCAAUUAAUCAGAUAAAAAGUAUAGGAUAUCUUCAUGCAAUUAUCAAACAACAUCACCACUGUUGUGCCAAGAUCUGGAGACGGCUGUAGGAUAAAGUUAUAUAUUAGAAAUUACAAAUAAAAUCGUAUUCCUAUUUUAGGGAGAUAUUCAAAUUUUUUUUUGUUAACUUUGAGGAUAAAGAAAUACUGCAAGAGUCCGCAAGACAUAUACAAAGGCUGUCUUGUUUUGAUCUGUAGGUUGAUUAUUAUUAGUUUACUGAUACACGAGUUCAAUUAUACUUCUCAUCCCUAUAUAAUAAGAACAACAAUAAUGAUAACGGUGAUAAUAUACGACGUCGUCUUGUACUUAUGCACGUGCGUCCAUAAUUUCUCCCGAAGCCCGUCACUAUUCUACGCAUCACGAUGUCUUUGCCUGUAAAGUAAUGUUAGGUUAGGUUAGCUAACCUAACUAUCGCACGAUCGCAACAAUUGCAUGUCAAUUUUUUUUUUUUAUUGUGGAACGAUGGUAUUGACUGAGUUAUAAUAAUAUUAUUACUUAUAUCGUCACUCUAUCGAAGUUGGUGACGGAUUUGUUUGUAAAAACAAAUUUGGUUAAAAGUGUGCGAGCGCAUUGGGCAAUGGUCGUUUGGGCGAAGGUAGUCAUUUUGAAUAAAUAAUAAGUAGUAAAUUUGGGCGAAUGAAAUUAUUUUUACCUGUGUGUUCUUUUGUUAUCUUUUGACCGCACUUUAAAUUGGGGGGCUGAAAAUGUUAUCAUAAAUAAGACGGGAGACUCCGUCCUUCCUGGUUCCCCCUUCCACUUUAACCACUGGUUUUACUCGUGUGUAUUUACUCCUGCAGCAGUAUACGCGUGUUCUUGGAUCGUUUCUUUAAUAUAAUAUAUUUUGCUAAGAUCGUCGUCGUUUGCGUUUAUAAUUCUUGUAUAACACCAAUACAUUAUGUACUUACAAAAAAUAACUGAAAAUAAAACGAAAAGAUCGCGUUUUCGUUGUUACGUACGAUUGUGGCAACGCGUCUAUUACAAAAUCGCAUACAUACUCGUAAUACGUUGCCGUAUGUAUAACAACAAUCAUAAUGAUAAUGAUAAUAAUUUUAUUACUUACUGCGCGAUUGCCGGUGUUCUCGUGAAAAGUGAAAACGACAUCGAGUCGUAUACCUAUCGCGUGUGUGCCGUAAUACCAUGUACAUAGUACGUACGGCCGGCUUUAGGUAAUUCUGUACACACACAACGCAUUAUAGGUAUACGUCAAGACGCGCGUGAUUGGUAUUUUGUCGUCACACGAUGCCGUUUUUUUAGUAUUAUUUUCAACUUUUAAUCGAUCCGAAACACUCUUAUAGACUAUUUUACAGACUUUUACCGUCCUAAAAACGUACGGAAACGCCUAUAAACGGGUGAAAAAUGAAAUAUUAACAGCCCUAUACCCACACAUAACAAUACAAUGUGUUAUUUCCAUCUAGGCCUAUAAAGAAAUUGACCGAUAGCUGAUAGAGAGAGAGCGAGGUUCGGGGCUAACAUUGUUAGAUAAAUGUAGAUUAUAUACGACUUGUUAUCUAUAGGUAUAGGCGUGCGCAAACCUCAAUUACAGGGGUGGUAGAGGACUAUUUUAAUCAAACAAUAUACGCUAAAUGAAUAUUGUAUACAAGUAUCCCAAUUGUAUAGUAAAUAUUAAAUACCAUGAUACUCAAUCAAAAUAAUUAUAAAUAUAAUACAUAGGUACCUGAUAUUUGUCAUGUAUGCUAUGUAAUUUUUAAAACAAAGCGAUACGUUUUACAUCAUAGGCCAUUAGAGGACCACUGUAGGCAAUGUGAGUGGGAAGUUGGGAAGGUAGAAUGUAUAAGAUAAAAUGGUAAAUUAUUGCAAAUUAAAAAAAUACGAGUACGCAUAGCUACUCCUAAAAGGCCAGAAUAUUUUUAAAAUUCUAUUAAGUCUAGAAAGUGCUUAUACUUGUUUAAGGAAAUUCAUUAGAUGAAAUGUACAAGUCUCUAAGAAUAUUGUUUACUGGAUUAAAUGAAAAAAAAAAAAAUAUUUAAAAUACCACUAACCGCUAUUACGUAAAUAUUCUAUUUUUUCUUGAUUUUUCUCCAGUAUUAACUCUUUCACUACCCUUGGAUACUCCAGGAUAUUAAAAAUAUGAUAACGGCAUAACUGAUAACGAUGAAAAACGAUAAUUUCGUAGCUACUCCAUGCCCGUACACUUUGUUCGCACGCGUAUAAACGGUAGAUAAAGAGAGAAAAAUGGGUAAAAUCCUAACAGCAUUGCUAUAGAAAAUGAUAGUGAACAGUGAAGGUCCAAUAACCGUAUGCCCAUUGGCUGUAUAUUCCAUAAUAAUACCUACCAGGCAAUUCAGGAAGGUAAGGUACGGGAGACCGAUAGAGAGUAAAUUUAAAUUUGCAAGUUUUUAAGCAUUUAUGUUUUAUUGAAAUCGGUUCGCUAUAUCGCUUAUGCGUCGUUGUAGUUAGUUUUGGUGAAGGUGUUUAUUUCAAUAACCAUAUAUUUAUGCGAAAAUAAUGUAUGGCACUUGCACAUUAUUUUUAUUAAGCGUAAAAAUAAAACACCCGUCACGUGGAUUAGCGGCUGAAACAAUCCGCUUGAAUAUAAUGUUAUAAUAUAGUAUUACGAAAACUAACUAUCGCGUAAAACAAUUAUUGUUACUACGUUAAAUUACAAAUGUGACAAAAACUCAAUCGGUACGUUACAGUGCAUUAAUUUAAAUCUAAUAUUAAAUAUCGGUAAAUGCCCAGUAGUUAUAUACUUAUAUACCUGCCUACUGAUUUUUGUGUAAUAAUUAAUUCGAUAAUGCUUCGGAAUACAUCGAAUUAUUUCGAAAAACAAAUAACGUUAACCGCUACGUAGUUAGUAAUAAUAAUAUUUGUACGUUCACUAUUGCACGGUUUAAAAGUUAAGUAAUCGUUACAUUUUAGUACAAUAUUGUUAAAAUACAAACAUAAUAAUUGUGUGUACUUACUUACAAUGCAUGGCGAUAAUUUGAAUGCACUGCAGUACGAAGACAUACUAUAAACUGCACGUUCUGCACGUCACGUAAGUAGAUUGAAAUAUUUAAUUUUUCAUAAUAUGUAUUUAUUAUAUUUAAGGUGUGUGGUGUACGGUACUUACUAAAGGAAAUGAUUUCAAUAAUAAUUACAUAUUUACAUUACGUUUGUAAUAAGUAUAGUUGGACGAUUUUUCCAUUUUUUAAACUUAGAAUAAUUUAUUAAAUUUUUAAGUAUUAAAACCAUUCAAGUCUACAGGAAUUUUUCAUAUUCUAUAACGGUGUGCCCAAUUGCGGCCAACCACGAGCCGAAUCCGAUCUUCAAAAGUAUAGGAAAUAUAAAUUGGAAAAAAAUUUAAUUUAUUAGUUUAUCUAGACAUUUUUUCUAAAAAAAUGCCUUUUUUUUUUUCUAUUGCUUACACAGUCAAUAACGUAAGUUGUUAAUUGGACAUGACAAUCUAGCGUUAUCGUUGUAAUGUCGCUUAAUAAUAGAAUAAAUAUUAUCGUGUUUAUCAAACAUUAACAUUAUAUCCAUCGCCAAUAUCGAUUUAAUUUUUCUUGGUUUCGAGCUAUCUUGUUAUGUGCUGUGCAGUCUAGAAAGUCAAAAAAAAAAAAAAACCCGAAAAUCGGCUUCGAACAUCUUGUUUUUCGAGAUCAGUGGGAAAACUAUUAUUAUUUUUUUUUUUAAAUUUCUUCUUUAUUUUUAAAUUAAAUCGACAAAUCUGAGUAUUACCAUUUCGAAUAUUGCGUAUAGUAAGCACUCAAACUAAAAAAUAAAAAGAAGAAGAUUGAUGUGUAUUUUUAAAAAUUUGGUACACCGGCAUUAAAAAUAUACUUACACGCGAAUUUGAAAAUCGUUUCAAACACAUUUAAUGAAAGAAUAUUAUCAAUUUAUUUGAAAAAACUAAUCGAACAUAAUAUAAUGUAAUAAUUAUUUAAAAUCAUAAUCAUGAUUCAACCUCUGAAAAUCUUGUUCAAAUUUUAUUCAAAUCAAUCAAUCUAAAGAAAACUUCCUCAAACGUUUUCAGCCUAGAAAUCAACUUAUAUUCCAUAUAGGGUGAUCAGAAUAACGUAAGAUACUAUCAUUAUCUUGGAAAGUAUUGGCUUUUUCGGAAUUUGCUAUUCAGAACAUUUUGGAAAUGAGUAGCUCUAAACGGUUACGUUAACUGUUUUUUUGUCACCCUUAUUUUAGAGGUUGAACUAUCUAUUUUUUAUUUUAAAAUGAUAAAUGAUAUUAAAAUAUUCCGUAAAAUAGUUUGAGUAUUAGUUUAAAUACAUUUUGGUGUUAACAUUUUUAAUUUCCUUCAACCAGUUAACGAACUACAUUUCAAUUUCGGCGUGGGUAGAGUGGUGGAGUAUUAUUUGUGUGACAGCACAGUGGGCGACGUUUCAAUAGUGUUCCAAUCAAAAUCAGAUACUGAUUUCACUCCCAAAAAUAAGGUGACAAAAGAAAGAAUAACGUGAAAUUUUUUAAAUGUUCUAAAAGGUGAAUUCCAAAAAAAUUUAAUUAUUUCCGAGAUAAUGAGUGUCUUACGUUACGUUGAUCACCUUGUAUAUUCGUUUCAACAUAAACGUUUAACAUAUGUAUUGACGAGUAUUUUCGAUUAUAAAAAUCGAUAAAAGUAAAACUCGAUCUCGCAUAACAAUAGUGAACAUCGUGUCGUUUUUCGGGUGAGUUUUAGUAAAUUAGAACCCAAAUAUUGAUGUUCUCUGCGAACAAAAACACGAUCAGCAUUCAAAUUGAACUAAUUUUCAUAGUAAUUAUUGAAGAAAACAAUAUUAUUACAUUUAAAACGUAUUUUUAUACAAAGAAUACAAAUUUUAUAAUUUCCAUUCGAAACGAUCAAUUUAUAUUAAUUAGACAUUAGGCGCAUGUUUUAGUUUCGGUUAACUGAAAAUUGUUUAAUUUUUGGCCCGUCAAGAUAAUUUUUUUUUUCCCACGGCCCUCGGUAAAACAAAACGUCGAUUGCCACUGCAUAGACACUGCAUUAUUAUAUUUUAACGAUACCUAUUGAUAUAGGUACUUAAUAUUAUUUUGCUGUAUCGGCUCGAGUGUAGGUACUUAAUACGAAAUCAUCGUGGCCAUACGAUAUUAUAGAUUUCGAUUUAACAACGAUUACUAAAUAUUAUAAACGUUACGUUAUGUCGCGUGUUAAUCAAAUUCAGUUUUGUAAAUAAUAUAUUGUUGUCGCGGGUACAAUACGCGAUCGUGUGCCAUAUAUUAUUCGUUAUUGUGCAGUAUACUAACGAAAUAAAAAAAAAAAAAAAAUAAUAAAUAAAACAAACUUAUAAAUUAUUCAUUUACGUAAGUCGGUACACACGAAAUCAUUUCUUUGUUGUUUGUUGAAUGUACUUGUAUAUUAUAAAUACACACACACACACAUAUAUAUAUGUACAUUUAACGAUUGCGCAUAAUUAAUUUCCACUUAUAUUAAAAUAUUAUGCUUAUGUAAACAACCUGCGAACGUUUUUUUUUUUUUUUUUCUUCUUCUCCCGAUUGUAAUUAGAUACUUUCGUAGUUUUCGUACCGAUUACACAAUCGGUAGACGAAUACUAUUAUAUUAUGUUUCGGAUUUAUAACAUAUCAUAAUAAUCUAUAGUUUGAUUGUGUAAAUCACGGUGUCCAUGAAUACAUUGGAGGAUUUCCUGUUUGUAUACUUUCAGAACCAGAAAAUCGGUCACCCAAUUUGAUACCGUAUCCGAAUUACGAACAUAACCGUUUGGCCUCGAACACGACCGAACGCAUAGUGUCGGUGUUCCGCGUUAACGUGGACGCGUGCGACCGGCUGUGGCUGGUGGACACCGGUCUGGACGACUUCUUGGGCGCCAGCAAUCAGGUGCACCCUCCGAAAAUCAUGAUAUUCGACCUGAACACCGACACCCUAAUUAGGCAAUACACGUUCAAGUCCGCCGACAUAACACCCGAUUCGUUUUUCGCCAACAUCAUCGCCGACACGACCAAAGACACUUGCGACGACGCGUACGCGUACGUCCCGGACCUGGGCGGUUACGGGCUGGUCGUGUACAGUUUCGCGACAAAUACCUCGUGGCGGGUUAAGCAUCAUUAUUUCCAUUUCGACCCGUUGGCCGGUAACUUCCACGUGGGCGGCCAAAACUUCCAAUGGACCGACGGUAUAUUCGGCGUGGCCCUGUCACCGGUCAAGGAAGACGGUUUUAGAACGCUGUACUUCCAUCCGCUGUCCAGCACCCGGGAAUUCUGUGUGUCCACACAUAUCGUACAGAACGCCAGUAUCGCUUCGGACAGUUAUUACGAGUACAAAGUGCUCGGGUCCAGAGGCCCGAAUACGCAGGCCACGUCGUCCUCGUUGGACGAGAACACCGGCGCCAUGUUCUACACUCAAGUGAACAAGGACGGCGUCGGUUGCUGGAACUCGUUCCGGAACGCGGACGAGUAUUCGGCCGACACAAACUUCCUAGUGGCGUCCGACAGUCAGACGAUGGAGUUCCCAAACGAUCUCAAAGUGGACAAAACGGGAACCCUCUGGGUGAUCUCGGAUAAACUGUCCGUGUUCCUGUUCAAGGGCCUCGACCUCAACGAAACGAAUUACAGAGUUUUUAGCGCCCCCGUCGUUGACGUUAUCAAGGGCACCGUGUGCGACAUUAAAUAGACGUGACGUCAUAAACCGUACUCAAGUAUUGUAAUAUGGCACAUUGAAAAACUUUGGUUCCUUAUAUCUCACGAAAUUAUGGGUACCUGCUACACUUAAACAACUCAAUACACGGUUUUUUAUUUUACUAAACCUAUAAUAGUAUUAUUAUUUUAUACAAUUUUUUUUUUAUAAGUUAGUUUUGAAUAAUAUUUUAUUUGCGUUCUAGUAAAAUGUGCGUGUAUAAUUAUUCACAUUUUUUUAACAUUGAAUACAAAUUCGUUUUAAGACAUAGUAUAUUAUACUUGUAAUAUAGUAUACAAUAGAAUAUAAUAAAAGUCGGAUUUUUUUUUACUGUUAAAUAUUUCUUUUUAGCGUUAUUAAUUAGAUCCUAAAAACGUUUAGAUAGCUGAUGACUAAUUUUAAUGGUAUUUUUCGAAGAAAUUGAAAACACUAAUAAGUUCAUGUAUAAUAAUAUUACUUAACAAUUGUUUGUAUUUUCGUUUAGCAGUCAGUAGAAUAACAAAAUACCCGUUAUUAUAAUAUUUUUUUAAGGAGUAGAAAAAAUAGCAAUUACUCAAUAAAUUAAACUGCGCGCAUAUAUCUCAAAGACUGAGUUUUAGUAUCUGAGUAUCUGGACAGUUAAUAAUCGUAAUAACAUAGUAUUAUCAUACAGAAAUCGAAACAAUCAUACUAGUUAUGUUAUUACUAUAAUUGUGUGUGUUAUCAAUUUCCGAAAAUUUUUUUAAUGAAAUACAUGAUAAUAUAUCAUAUAUACCUAAGACCAGUGGGGUGCCUGGGAAUUUUCGAUGGGAGGGGAUGUUUUGAAUAAGAAACGCGUAUGAAUCGUAAAAUCGCUUCCUCCAUCUGACUCGACUAAGGGAAUGGAAAAGCCGGACCUUAAAGAAACCCAAUUUCUAAUCAAUACAUUUUGCUCAUAACUUAGUCGAAGUACGUAUAUUAUACAUUUCGAGAUUAAAUUACUAAAUAAAUACUUCUAUUUUUCUUUUUUAGUUUUAAGCCGAUAAUGGGGGGGGGGUGGUAGUGUAGUCCCUAACCUCUCCCCGCUGUAUAAGACGGAAUAGUUUUAAACAACAAUAUAAUAUAGUCUUGCUAUUUUCAUUAUUUUUCCUUACAAUUUAUUUCAUUCUAUUCAUAUUAUACUGUACAUUCGUCUUACACGAUAACAAUAUCGUUAUACCGUACGAACGGCAAAUCGUAUUUUAUCUAUAAUAGUAAAUUUAUCUCAAUAAAAAGAAAAAACAACAAUGAUAAAAUACUCUUCCCUAACAUAUUUACUAUCGUGUUAGUGCCGUUUUCUUCGUGGUCGAUACGUUCUCGUAUUUUGAUCCUUGAUCUGAAUAUAUUUUACUCCUAUAAUAUAUCGGUAAAGAUUUGUACUUAACAUAAUUGUUUAUUUGAUUUUAAAUACUCUAGUGUUAUAGAAUACAGUUUAUAAUUUAAUAACGUCUAUUACUGCCGUCACUAUUGAUGUAUUUAAUAAGGUUUUGAUUUUCUGAUAACUGCAGUUGACAAUUUUAGUUUCAAAUAUAAUUUAAGUUUUUUUAGAUUCUGAGCGCGAUGAGAAAUUUGUUGGGCUUAAUAAUUAAAUUUUCUCAGUUCCCGUAUAUUAUAAUUUAGCUACCUUGAAAAUGUCGAAACGCAUUAAACACUAUGGGAAAAAAUGCGUGGAAGCGUUCAAAUUUUAAUUUUGAAUUAAUUAAUAUACAUCUCAGAAAUGAUAGUACAACAAUGGCUUGCGUUUCAAUGACCCCUUUAAAAACUGACCUAUCUGAGGAAACGUUAUGACGUCAUAACGUACGCACGUGUAGCAUUUGUUUUUUUUUAAACGUUCGCCUACUUAGUGUACUAAUAUUUAGCUUUGGAUACCUUUUUAAUGGUGUUUUAAAACAGUAUCUAUGUUGUAUAGCUAAUUAAUGUUUAAGUAUGACUAUUUCUGUGAAAUCUAGGAGAUUUUUAUUUAUUUAAACUCGUUUUCUCAGCAACUCCUUUAGGCCAACCCACGAAUUGAUUCUUAUAUUCCAUGCUGUACAUUUGCAAUUUGUCGUUAUUUUAACACUUUAUUCAAAUGUCCUGUAAAAUUUUUCACCAAUGUUGCUGACAGAUAGUAGUACUUUAAAAAACACUGUCUUUAUUUAAAUCCGGGCAUUUAUUUACUAUCAAUAUUUUAAAAUACGAAAUCUUAUAUGCAAUAAAAAUGACUAAUGCAUAAUUUUGUAUUUAAUUAAAAUUGUAAUUUCAUCAAUUACAAGUUAAUAUUAUUGAAUUACAUUGUCUACCUACAUUGUUGUUUGAAGUAACCAGCUAAGUCGAAUGAAAAUUAAUUUCUAUAAACAACUAAAAUAAAUAGUUCAAAACAUAAUUCAACAUACAGAAUAAUUUGAUAAUUUUAAAUAUUUUAUAGUCUACACAAUUGUAGAUAUUUGAUAAUUAAAUACGAAUUACCCGAGUUCAGCAGUAAUUUUUGUAAAAUCCUAUAUAAUUGUGUUUGUCCGUAUAGAGUGUUAAAAAAUAUAUUGUUGAACUUUAAACUAUAAAAUAUUUUUUAUCACAAUAUUUGGAUUUAUUCUACAAGUUUUUUAAUUUGAAUUUUAUCACGUGAUGUUCUUUUCACUACAAUAUUUUAAUAUUUAGAACGAAUAAUACACGGGAGUUCAUUGACAACGGUGAAUUUACAUUAAAAAAAAAAUAAAAAAGAUUUGAAACAGGUAAGUACAAACUUAAUGAUAUUAAUAAUUCGUAUUUAUGUUUUAAAAAUAUGCAGCAGGCAUUUAAGAAUAUAUCACUGAAAUUGGGUAAUCAGGCAUAUUGCUUAUUAUACUACGAUUGAGUGUAUUUAGAAACCAGACUAAUAUCGCGGUGGUGGAUACGUUUGGUGUUAGUAUGGUUUCUGCGAGUAGAAAGAAGAACAAAUACGGUAUUGAAAUUAAAGCGCGCCAAUCAAUUCCAUUGUAAGAAUAUUGAUAUUUUCGUUUAUACAGCGUCUUCUCCUUAUACCUCGCCUAUUUUACUCAUUUAUUUCUAGUCGUUCACCGUGGUCCUUAACUCCACCAUGUGUCGGUCCCUCUUUUUACUUAUUUUCAUCCACACGCAUUCUUAAAACACCUCUUACAACCUCUGAUUCGUCUCUUUUCAUUAAAUGCCUGAAUUAAAGCUCUCAUCCUUUCAAAAAUCGUAACAACGCCUAUUUAUGUUACGCUUUACAGACUCAUCCCUUAUUAUAUCACCUCUAGUGUAUGCACUCAUUCAUCUCAACAUUCUUAUCUCUACUCUACUCAUCUCUUGUCAUAAAUUGUUGUCCACUACAUUCUAAUAAUUUAACCUUACCAUACUUCAUCGUCGGUCUCACGACGGUUUUGUAAAAUUUAUCAACCAUUAUAAUAGGAGUCCUAUCUUAUUACACUGUACCCCUGAUGCAUAUUAUAUCCAUUUCAUUUAACCAUAUUUAAUACUUUUGUUUUCUAUUCUAUUAAAAUCUAUCGUUCCUAAAUAAAAUGAUCUUACAUACUCUAACUUCACCUACUUUAUCCUCACUCAUCGUCAUACCUUUCCUUCACUCACCCUCAUUUUACCCAAAAUUAUAUUCUAUAUACUUUGUUUUAUUUAUACUAAUCCUUAAUUCUUUUUCUUUCGUUUAUACAGUGUAGUGAUAAAAUAUUGUACUACUCGAACACACACAUACAUAAAAACAUACAUGCAUACAUACAUACAUACAUACAUACACAUAGAUAACGGAUACACAAUCUACAAGAAUAUACCGGUCCUGCGAUAACCUGACGAUUGCAUUUUGUAGGUUCGAAUCUAGACCAGUCUCCGGCACUUAUACCAUACCCGAACUUCGAGAACAACCGACUGCCCAGUCCCGGGGAAGCGGCCAACGACCGGAUUAUCAGCGCUUUCCGGAUGAGCGUCGACCAGUGUGACCGGCUCUGGUUGGUCGAUAUGAGGGACUCGAACGGUACCAGUUUCGGAAAUCCAGAGCUGUUCGUAAUCGAUCUAAACACGGACCAGGUGAUUCGACAGUUCACUAUCACAAAUGACGUGAUGAACAAGGACGGUGGAUCGUUUUUCCCGGGUUUGAUAGUCGACGUGGACCCGAGGGCGUGCGACCAGGCGUUUGCUUACAUAGCCGACAUUCACUGGGGCAUGGUGGUGUACAGUUUCUGGGAGAACACGGCGUGGCGAUUGGCGCAUCAUUACUUCUUCUUCGACCCGUUAUCCACGUCGCUUAACAUCGGAGGCGUCUCGGUACUUUGGACGGACGGCUUGUUCGGAAUGACCCUGUCCGAAUACCACUCAGACGGCUACCGGACGCUCUACUUCCAGGCGCUGGCCAGCACCAGGAUGUUCUCGGUGAACACGCGUGUUCUUCAGUCCAACGCUAGCCUGGAAGAUACGUUUGACCAUUAUCGGUUCAUCGGUUGUCGUCGCGCUGGCAUGCAGGCGUCCACGAUGUCCAUGGACCACGAGACGGGAGCGAUUUUUUACCCACUCGUCCAUCAGGAUGCGGUCGGCUGCUGGAAUCCGAAACGGUCCCAGUGGCUUUCGUCCCAAACAUCGGCCGUGGUGGCCCAGGACCCGGAAACGCUCCUGUACCCGUCCGAACUCAAGGUGGUCAAUUCUAACCUGUGGGUGAUCAGUGAUAAAAUGCCCGUGUUCCGGUUCCGGGUGUCUGACAUCGACUUGAACCGGGUCAAUUACCGCGUGUUCAGCGCGCCCGUCGCCGAAGUCAUCAGGGGAACCGUUUGCGAGCCGGUCACACAUCACGAAUAUCCGCAAAACGGCGAGACCGCCGGCUAUAAUCAAUGGCAUCAUCAGUAUACGGUGUGAUUGCAGCCGUCACAGUAGUCGGCACGAUAAUAAUUACAUAACGACGUGAGACGCUCUUCAAAUACUACCCAUGUCCGGAGUGCAGACAACCGCAGAUCCACUUGGUCGUCCCGCCAUAUUUUGUACAGAACCUAUUGUUUACAAUCUGUGUUUAAAUUAUUAUUAUCAUUAUUAUUAACUUGAUAUUUACAUACAAUCAAAAAGUAAAUAAUCAAAAUACUAGAUGUUCGGCAUCUAGUCAAACAAUAAACAAUCAAAAUAUUUUUAAUACGUGUUUUAGUUGUACGAUAAUAACAUUGAACUGGUCGGUCGAACAACGGGAAGGGAAUUUAUUAUAUUACUAUGUACGCGUCGGUGUUAAAAAAAUAAAAUCAAAGAAAAAGCUCAUGUAUUUACGGGUGAAAAUCGUCCAGUAAAUAGUAUUGGCAUCAUUCAAUACGAUGAACUUUAAUAAUUAGUGUUAACAUUACAAAUAAUAUUUAGGUAAGUGUUGUGCCGUUGACGUUUCGGACUAUUCAAAAGGAACUGAGUUCCACCAGUUAUUUUUCUUCAAUUUUUUUUUGAAAAAAACAAAAUUAUUUUAACCUAUUAGACACAUCCAAGAGUUGCAGUUUGCAGGAACGCGCGAGUCCAAUAAUGCACACGAAAACCACGAUCAAAUUAAAAUUGGCUUUUGAGUGAAAAAAAAAAAAUAAAUAAAUAAACGUCCUAGUUUGUUACAGUCAGUGGUUUUGUGCAAUAUGUUUUAUUAACACGAGCAUUGGACAAUUUCACAAAAUAAAGUAUAAAUUAUUAUGCAAACGUCAAUUUUGUACCCGUAGAUUAACAUUAAUGCCAUGCGAUUAAUAUAAAUUAUAAACGCAAUGAAGCAUUGAUAAAUAUUAGACGAUGUGAUAGUUAAUAUUUAUUAAUACUCGUCGCUAUGUAAUAUUAUUAACAAUGGCAAAGAUUUUUAAAUUCGUUUUUGUUGAAAUGCUCUUAAAAAUAUUAAUAGCGUCUAAAAUGCCGAAUGCCUUUGUUGCAUUUAGUAUUUUAAUUUUGAGCCUUCGUAGUAUUGAGUAACCCGUAUUGGCAUUUUAUGAAUGUGCUGAAUUCCCGAGCCAAUAUAACAAGAAUAUUUCGUAAAAAUGCUGUUCUAAAAUGAAACGUUCCUAGUAUUCGAUAUUAUUGUUUUUACAAUAAAUUUACUUGCGCUUGAGAAAUCUCAAUAUGUUGCUGUGUACUUCGUAUUUUUCACAAAUUAAUUUUGUCUCGAAAAUAUUUCGUCAAAGCCGCCGCCGAUUUCAUUACUGCAGUUUUAUUGUAUCUAAAAUGUUAUUACUGAUGGCGUAUACAUGUCAAAAGGCAUGCAUUUUAAUAUUGAAACAAUAUAAUAUACACGACUUACUGCACAUAGAGGCGAUCCUAAGGGGAGGUUUGGGGGGGGGGUCUGACUAGGAUCACCUCUGAUUGCACAUAUCAUCAGCUGUGUACACUGUAUAAAACGGGUAUUUAUUUAAAAAUCGUGAAUGUAGACGUCUGGAAUGCCUAAAUGUUGAAAGCACAAACUCAGAGCCUAGGGAUUUACGGAUAUCUAAAUUUGGAUACAAACUUGGAAUGCACUGUAGGUUUCGAUAUUUGUACAUCCUCAGAUUCUAGGUUCGUAAUUUCCGAAUUUGUACGUUCCAUAUUUUAUAUUCCACACUUGUAAAUGUCAGGUUUUUACAAGCUCUCGUAUAAAAUAGUAUAACUGAAUUAAUCACGUCUCAAGUCUCUCAUAUUAUUUCUCUUGUAACGAACGUAUGACACAUUCUCAUUCUACCAAGUUAUUAUAUAUAUAAUUCAAUUAAAUUGUGCAUUCAUUUCAUAACAUAUUCCUAAGUGAAUUCUUAUUCACGCCAUCUACUAUUAGUAAUAUCACCGUUUAAUGACGACGACUUUACGACCGUGUUGAAUGGACGCGCGUUUCAGAAUUUCCCACGUUCACUGCCUGUAGAUCAGGUAAAUCUAUUGCCUGAGUUCUGACGCACGGCGGUUAAAAAAUGACAAUAGAUUGCCAAAAAAAAAAAAAAUUUUAAUUUUUGAACACUGAAAGAUGUAAGUUUACCGAGUUACGUGUCGAAAAUAGAACCGUCUAUGUUAUUAUUAAGAGGACGUAUUCGUAGGGGUCGCGUAUAGGCAAUUUAAACGAUAUUUUUGAAUAUUUCGCAUCUCAAAUAUUCAGAUUCACACAAUUUUUAUGGGCGUUUUGCGUCUUUUCAAGCCACAAUCUAAUAACUGAACUAUUACAUACUUCAUUAAAGCUCUUUGUUAUUUUAUUUGCUUGUUUUAUUUUUAAACUGAGCGUCUGUAUAAUAUAUUUAUUUGUGUACAUUAAUUCAUCAAAUUUAUCGUUGACGAAUCAAUGCAUUUUUAUUUUAACCAACGUCACAAGCCGUUGUAACCGAAGUACAUAUAAAAAACAGUUUGACCUUAAAUUCGUAUCUACACGGAAGCAUCCGAACAUUUGUGGCUUGAAGCUGAUUACACAGGUUUCAAUGAUAUCCGAAUCGAGGUCAAUCGGGUGUGCACACACCCGGGCUCACCCGGUAUAAUAUAUGUUUAUGACUUCAACACCGGAGCCUUUUAUCUCUUUUGCAUAAUAAUGUGAUCGCUGCAGACACGACCAGAGAUUGUGUGUUCGUACAUGUAUCAACGUCGUAUUCCGGAUAAACUGUGUAACAAUGUCUGCAGUUUCAGAAACCGGUUCCGAAACGCGACGCGAGGCGAGUUGGGCGGCUUCCUAAUCACAGACAUUAGUGUUCAGAAACGGACAAAACAGGAACGCUUCGAGCGCUUCCGUACAUAACCCUAUUAAGUACCUAUAAUUAACGGGGACCAUGGGCCCUUCCAUUGGCCGUAGUUUUUUCAAAAUACUUUUGUUAUAAUCGUUCCGUGUUUAUGCUAUACUUCAUUGUGGUGUAUGCGAUUUAUAUUCUCAUAUGUUGUUGACUAAGUAAGUAUAUAAUAUAUUUUUAAAUGUAAUAAAAAAAAAAAAAAAAAUAAACGUGCAAUUUCGGGUUUGUUUGUUUUUUUUGUUUUUCGACCCAUCCAUUGAGAAGUCCUGGAUUACGCGCCACUAUGUAUUAUAUUUGGUAUUUUGUACGGGGACUUGUUAUCCGGAGACAGUCGAUUACGUCUCAAAGUCGGGUAAACAAAACAUCGAAUAUAAUAAUGUUGUCUAAUGUGUCCGACGAAAUUUCGAUUGCGCCUGGUUUCAAGCAACCUAUAGGCAUUCGAAUUUCAACGGUGUCCGACGAAAUCUCAAUGCCUUUUUAUGUCUUUCUUAAAUUACGCCAUAAUUUGUAAAUUAGGUAAGCGUUCGAUAAAUUGCGUUAAUACGAGUAUUUCUAUUGCGUCUGAUAAAAUUUGUACCACUCUGCAAUAACAAUAUGUCAGUGUACACAUAUUAAUUAUCAAUAUUAUCGUAUUAUAGAUGUUAUAGGUCAAUUUUAGAGUGAAAAUAAAAAUACAAAAACCUUUAUAUAAUAUAUUUUAUCAUCAUUUAUUUGUUAUUACAAAUUCACAACUAAAGAUUUGUUUAUAGUAUUGCGAUAACAAAAUCAUUAGAAAUUGUACACAGCAUAAUAAAAUAUUUAUUUAUACAACAAAUUUAUUUUAUACAAAUCUAUAACACUUAUUUGUCGACACAGCUCCCGUGAUUUUUCAGGCAUUUGUCACAGCGUGGUAUAAGUUUUUAUAAACCCUCUUCAUAGAAUAUUGCUGCCUGUGCAGUCAAAAAUGUAGUAGCGUGUUUUUUCAGCUGUUUCAUCGCUGUUGAAACGCUGACCACCAAGAAAAAACUUCAGAUGUACAAACAGAUGAAAGUCAUUAGGAACGAGGUCGGGGCUGUGCGGAGAGUGGCCAAAAACGUUCCAGCCAAAGCCCUGUAGGAGUGUUUUUGUCGCAUUCGCAAUGUGUGGUCGGGCAUUGUCGUGGAUGAAACUACGCCGUUUUUGAGCGUUCCUCGGCGCUCGUUCUGUAUUGAGCGGCGCAAUUUCUUAAGCGUCUCGCGAUAAGCAUCUUUAUUGAUUGUUUCAUCUCGUAGCAACAAAUCAAUCAGUAAGAUGCCUUGUCUGUCUCAAUUUCACAAGCGGUGGGAUUUACGUUCAACUCGGCCAUUAUGAACAAGCGCUACGAAGUACACACACACAACCAAUAGCGAGCUCACACCGGCGUAAUUUCGUUUUAGUUAAUACAGAGUGCUUGUCGAGCUUAUGCAGCACUGCCGAGGGAAAAAAUGGAAACGGAACUUAUUUUCUGGACAUACCUCGUAUAUAUUAUACAUAAUUGUAUAAAUAGCACUAACUAUACGAAGACCCGGAGAAUAAUUCACUGAAUCCGUAGCCCGUAGGUUUAUAUGUAAAACCGGAGUAUUCGGGUGCAACCCUACUUACAUCCCGAAAUAGUUUAAAUUCUAAUUGAUGUUUGUCUGUAAAUCAAAGUCGAUUUCUUAAAUUUAAAACUAUGAUAUUAGAAAAAUAUGCAGUUUAAUGUAAGUUUUAGUAUAAUUGAAACAAUACGCGAACAUAUUUUUAACUCAGCUCAACACAAAUAUCAAAUUAAUGAACAUGAUAUGGAAACUACUAAAAAUAAAAGGACAAUAGACAAACCGUUUAUUUAUUUUACAUUUACUUGACUUUGGGACCCAAUUGAAAAAGGGACGUAAUUGAAAUUUUGUAUUUUUUUUUAUCUGGUUUUUGAUGUAUAGAAAGAAAUAUUUAUAGAUAUUCGAAUAGUUCUCUUAUGAAUUUUAUAAAGAACUGAAAAAUACUGUAUUAAUAAUAAUAUAAUAUCAUAUUAUAUACAGAGAUACAGGGAAAACUGAACAAAAAUCGAAUUUAAAAUUUAAGUCAAUAAAAAAAAAUAAUACAUUUAUAUACCUAGGUGUACUAACUUGUAGUAUUAGCAUCAGUAUAUUAAAUAUAAUAUUUAUUAUCUUUUCAGUCAAAUUUCAAUAUAACUAAUUUAAUAUUUUUAAAUAUUUUCUUAAUAUAAAAUAGAGCCAUUACAUUUACAUAUUAUUUUAAUUAAAAAAAAAAAAUCCCAAAAACUGUUAAACUGAAUUUAGGUGCUAAGUGGAGCGAAGAAACUUAUGGUUAGUUUAUUAUUAUUAUUAUUAUUAUUUUGUUUUAUCUGUAAACAAUUUUUAUACAAGAAAUAUUGCUCCGAUUUUUUAAGUGUAGCACUUUUUCUGAAAGAAAAUCCGACUGGAGUAUUCCUUUAAGAAGGUCAAUUUUUUGAUUUUCUCAAGAGUUUUCUCAAUAUAUUGAAAAAAAAACGGAGGAAAACCGGGAGAACGGAAAAAUAGAUACAUUUUAAACAAAUAUGAUCAAAGAAAAUGUUUAAUGUACGUACAUCUGUAAUUAUUUUACCAUAGUAUGGCAUACAUAUUGUUGACAAAACAACACUAUUAACUGAAAUUUUAAUAGUAAUAGUUUAUCGUUGCUUAUAGAUACACUUACAUUAAAUUCCCUUCUAUAUCUUACCUUUUCAACUUCCCACGUACAACAGUGGCUGCACUCACGUGCGAAGUGUGUCUUUUUUUUUUUAAUAUCAAAUUCAAAAUUAUUUAGAUAUACGUUUUUUCCAAAAUUAAAUAGCAGUGGAAAUAAAGAUUCUUGAUAAGAAAAAAUAAUAACCAAUUUAAUGGAUAUUUAUUGAAUAAUAUUGAAUAUUUCAGAUACUUGAGUACUUUUAUUUUAGCAAUAGGUAACAGAUAAUAUAAUAUCUAUGUAUAGAAUAUUCAACAUUUUUCGAUUUUCUAAUAAUUCUGAAAUGUUUUCCUUUUUUCCUCUGAAUUUUCACUCCAUUUGGCACCACUGGGUCUUUGGUACGGUGUUUCUUUUAAGAACUUCUUUCCUACUUGGCUUCUAGUAACUGAGAACAAUGGAACUAAGUAUUAAUUGCUGGUUAUUACCCCUAGAAAUUCAAAAAAUGUCGAAUUGUCGCUUAAUUCUUAUUUUACGUUCAAAUAUUUCUUUUGGCUAUGAUCUGUGGAUGCUGGUUUACAGAUAUAUACUAAUCUCACGGACCAAUUACAACGUCUACUACAGUGUCUGCAUCCCCUGCCAAUAAGUCAUGCAGAUAUAAAACAGAAAUAUGUAGACAUAUAGCCCAAAUUAUGUUUUUUUUCUUUCACUUUCAGAAGGUUGUGGCGUGGUGUGAUGCGCUAUGCCGCGGUAAUAGGUCUAAAUUGGUCCGAACGCUCUUUUUUUUUAUCUUAAUCGCUCCUUUUUUGUCUUCUUGUUUUUCUCCAUUACGUCUUGUGAUUUUUCACUUGAGGUCUUAUCCUCUAAUAGAUUUAAGAAUAAUACUAAUGUGUUAUUUUUUAUAGGUACAGAAAAAAACCGUUCUCCAUUGCUGGUUCCAUACCCUAAUUACGAGAUGAACCAAUUACCCAGCCGGCGGAAUUCAUACAACCGAAUAAUCAACACAGUCCGAGUAGACGUGGACGAGUGCAACCGACUUUGGGUGAUAGACAUGGCGUCAGCCAAUGGGACGUCUUACAGCGAACCGCAGCUGUACGUGAUCGACCUGAUCACGGACCAGGUGAUCCGGCAGUUCACCGUCACUGAGAACCUGAGACGCAUGGACGGUACCACUUGGUUCACUGGUCUGAUAGUGGACUCGAACCCGAAGUCGUGUAACCGAGCGUACGCCUACGUGGCUGACAUCGGGUGGGGCCUAUUGGUGUACAGUUUCCGAGACAAUAAGGCAUGGCGGAUGGAACAUCCUUACUUCUAUUUCGACCCACUGGCCACCGUUUUCAACAUCGGCGGCGUUCGGAUGGAGUGGCUAGACGGCGUGUUCGGACUGGCUCUAUCGGAACAGCAUCAGGAUGGAUACCGAACUCUGUACUUUCACUCGCUGGCCAGUACCAGGAUGUUCUCAGUGAACACGCGACUCUUGCAAACCAACAGUAGCGUGUCGGAAACGUUCGACGAUUAUCAGCGUUGUGGAUAUCGUCUGGCCAGUAUGCAGGCUGCUUCAAUGGCUAUGGACCUGAGCACUGGGGCGAUAUUCUAUGCGCUCGUCAACCAGGAUGCGGUUGGCUGCUGGAACCCGAGACGGUACCAAAAACACUCAAUGAACACUACCGCCGUGAUAGCCCAGGACCCGGUCCGGCUUGAGUUCCCAUCCGACAUCAAAGUAGACUCCAGUUCUAAUCUGUGGGUGAUCAGCGACAGAAUGCCUAGGUUUCGGUUCCGGAUUCACGAUUUAAAUCUGACCGAAGUAAAUUACCGCGUGUUCAAGGUGCCGAUAAAAACGGCGAUCAGGGGAACGGUCUGUGAACUGCAGGAGUUCGACGACGUGUUAUUCGAACGGAAUCUGGUAAAUGAGUCUUCAGUACCGUCUGAUACGUUCAAAACGAGGUCGGACACUCUGUAG